CGGUUCACGCUUGCCGUUACGGGACGUGAUGUCGCUUGAUUGACAUACGAGCUAAGCAUAGAGUCCUGUAACGGCCAGAGACAGCGUUCCAAAUAUAAACCAAGUGCUAUUCCAUAUUUAAAUUAAGAACUAAGUGAUUUGUUGGAACGUGUCAUGUUCCAUGUUCGAACACUGAGGACGUAGACAAUGGUAUAGUUUUCUUUCUAAGUUUAGUGUCUAUGGUGGUUCAACGAAAUGGGGAAGAAGAAGAAACCUAACGGGAAGAGAGGUGCUAAUAGAUUUUUUCGCUGGAUUCGGAGCGAUCUCCCUGAUGAAGAAGACAAGAAGUCCCCCGUUCUCCUGUUAGGUGUGAACAAGAUAUCAGAUUCUCCAUUUUUUCUACGACGAAGAAUCACCGACCCUCAUGCAUCCGGAUCCAUUAGAUUCUUCCGCCCACCAAAACCAAAGUACACAAGAGGUCUAAAUGGAGACGAAAGAUUGGAGAAGAUCAGACAAGACCUACUAGUCCAUAAACACAAACCGGACACCUACAUUCCAAACACCAAACACGAAGUAUCAGUAGAAUCGGAAACCAAAGAGCCUUGUAUUAAACUGAGUUGCGUAAGAAAUUGUAUAUGCGACAGGAACAAAUCGUCAUCAAACAGAGGCUCGUUUUCUUUCCAUAGACCAGAGAACAGGCAAUCUUCUCUGUGCCCAUCAGAACCGUAUGGCAAACCAGAAAACAAAGACAAUUCCGAGAACGAAAUCGAAUUUAAGUACACAGAACUCAUUCCAGAUGCCCAACCGUCUAGCAGCAAGCAACAUUCUUACAACGUGACCCCAAAAUCCACGGAAAGGAGACAUUUUUUACUCGCGAACUUAAACGAACGAUUUCGUAAAACACUGAGCUUGGAUUCUCGUAAAAUAGAGACGAAUAGAGUUCUCAGUCUGCCACAGGAAUCUCGACCUAAAUCUCUAGUGAACACAAGCAACAUUUGCGUCCAACAAUACAAAUCGGGAGAUCCAUUCCUCCCCCAAAAUUUUGAGAAAGCCAACCAACCAAAGAAAAAACGGAAAUCGUUUUUCUCUUUAGAUACAUUUUUCGAUACUAAGAAAUCUGACACAUCAUCCAUAGAUGACUAUUGCUCUUCUAAAUAUAAGCGUUUCGAACUAGAAAGCGAUGAUUCGCCGCUUUUCAGACGUGAUUUAUCUAAAGAAAAGACACCGGAUCUACUGAACCUGCCCGUCAUUAUAGAUUCUGUGCGUAAAAAGCAAUCAGACACAAAACGGCAAUUGGAGAAAUUGGAAAACUACUACUAUAAAAGUUUAACUAAGACGAGAGCAGUUAUAGACGCUAUACCAGCAGACGCCACUGAUCGAGAAGGACCGAGCGGCCAUUCCAAUCAUUUAUUUGUCUACGAUGACGAAGUGGAAUACAUUGAGCCCAUACGCAGCAAUUUCACAAGUCAAAGCACCUUGAUUUUAGAUAAAAACAUCCCUGGAGAUGGCACUCUAAAACCUGGAUCAGUUCUAACGAUUGACACGGAGGAAACUGAUAUUAAAUUACCAAGUUCUACAGUGUCGCCUAAAUCAAAUGAGGUUAGGUGUUUGGAUAAUGAUUUGGACAGUAUAGGUGCGUAUGAAAUCGAGGUGAAGGAGUCGGAUUUGAUGAAAGAGUGCAAUAAGAAGUUGGUGGUGAAAGUGAUGGAUAAAUCGGUGGACUCGAUCGGGAGUUGCUCGCUAGACGUCGACGCCAGUACGGAUUUCUCAGAUACUACAUCCGGUAGCUUGAAUCUCCUCACGCCUUCGUCAACAACUAGUAGGAUACGUGAUUUCACAUCUAGGUUGCAAGAGAGGGCUUCCAUUCAACCCAGUUCUACCCCCCAAGCGCCGGUAUCCCCAGCCAAAACACCCGACGACACCACCCCAACACCCAGAAGGAAUGACAACCUCCUCAAACCACCCCCUAAAAUUUUCGUAGAUACCUCGAGUCAUAGAUCUAGGAGCCAUUUGAAAAAACGCGACGAAAUCCCCCAAAAGAAACCCAGCUAUCUAAACCUAGCCUGUUCGGUGAACGGCUAUACAAACUUGACAACAUACGACUCGAAGCUACGGCAGGAUAUCAACAAAAGUCGAGAAGCUUCUCCCAUCAGACCAAUAACACACACAUACCAGUAUAAAAGCGAGAGUAACUCACUAUUGGUCCCUGUACCGGUCAGUGCGAACAAACUGCUGGUGCCGACGUUCGGCCCCCAUGAUACUAGAACGAAUCUGACAUCCAAAGCGCCUAGCAAGGCGCACACGGACCCGCAGAUAUCCUCCCCCGCACAUGCAUUCAUGGCUGAAGAAAAUAAACAGUUGAAAAACGAAUUCCUAGGCCCCAGCAUGACCACCACCACCCGGCCGUAUAUCUCCACGGAGAGCAAAAACUUCGCGACGUCAAUGCUCCAUCAGGACGAGGUCGACAAUGCAAAAGAAAUAACCUUUAAGUCCAGCUUCUCAGAAACAAAUUUCCGUCAAACUGUAACGACUAAUGGGAAAGAGAGCAGGUUUACUUCUGAAUCUUACACCAUAUCCUCGAACGGUGUUUCCAAACAUGUUGAAAUUACAAAGGAAAAUGGUGAGAAACUGACCAGUCCUAUGAAGAGUUUCAUCCAACAACGCGUAGAGCGUUUGUACGGGCCGGGAGCUCUAGCGCAAGGGUUCUUCAAUCAAAAGAGGCAUAAACUUAAAAGUUCGAGCGAAGAUGAUGACAUAAAAGUAUUAACAGAGAAAUCCCUCAAUUGUUCUAGUGAAAUUUUUCUGUCCCCUCGAAAAUCCAAUGACAGUUUUGAUGAGAACUGCAGCCCAACAAAAGAAGACCCCUCAGUGCUCCCCGUUUUGAGGCAUCUGAGGCCUGAGUUUCGAGCUCAGCUGCCUAUUCUGUCGCCGAGAAAGUGUUUGAAGUCUGACCUAUCCCCGGAGAAGACAGACAUUCCUGAACAAAAGACUGAAACAAGUGAAGUGACGAACGGUGUAUCUGUGAUAAAUUUAGACGAAUCUGUGAGUGAAAGUGAAAAUCAAGUGAACUUUGUGAAUAGUAAUGGUGUGGCCAAAGUGAAUGGGGAUGCUGUGAAGGACGCACACUAUUUCUUAGAUUUGGAAAAGAAAGAGACUGAGAGGUUGAUAGCGUUGGCUGUUGGCGCUGAGAAGGAAUUGGAGAGUUUGCAGAAACAAGACAACAUAAGCGAGGAGGUGUUGGGCUUCCUGCGCGCGGCGUCGGGUAAAGCGCGGUUACUGGCCACACAGAAGAUGCAGCAAUUCGAAGGCCUCUGUUACAACAACAUAAACGAGCGCGGCAACGAGCCCUUCCCCACCACGCUGGAGGACCUGCAGGGGUUCUGGGACAUGGUGUGUCUGCAGGUCAGGAACGUGGACGCGCUGUACGAACACAUUGACAUGCUGAAGAAGAACAAUUGGCAAGAAAUCGCGUCCCCGGUAUCGAAGCCGGUGCAGGCGACGGCAGCGCGCAGCCGCGCGACGCGCUCGCCGGUCGUCAAGAAUGAGAAGGCUCGCCUCGCCGCUGAGAAGAGAGAGGCGGACAGGAAAGCCAUGUUGGAACAUCGCAGGCGGGUAGCUCGUGAGCGUCAGCUGGCCGCACGCGCCACCCCGGCCACGAGCCAUCAAAGUGACAACGAGAUGGCCAUUGAAGGCAGUCAGGAGGUAGAAAUCUUCGUCGGCAAAUGCGCAAAGCCGUCCAUCCCUCAAGGGGACUGCACCGCCGACGAGAGCUGAUUCAACACAACACACACACACCAAAACACAUAGACACAAAUACACAAACACACAUUUAGAGACAGUUUCAACACACACAUACACACCAAAACACAUAUACACAAAUACAUAAACACUACACAGAUAGUAUACAUGGUGUGGUUUUUGAUUUUUAAUUGUUGCAUUUCAAUAUUCUAUCUAUCUAUAUAUAUUUUUUGCUUUUCCAAAGUCAAUGUCAAUAAUCUGUUAGUAAAUUGCUUACAGACAUUGUUAUUUAGUUUAAUAUUUGUAAAUUUUUAACUCAUAGCAAUGUUGCUAAGCAGAAAGAUGGACUGUUAGAAUUAGCUAUUAGAAGAAAAUUCCUUUACCAAUUGCAAAAAACUCUAAAAAGAAUAAUUUUCUAUACAAUGAAAAAUUUUAUAUAAUAUUUUCAACAUUAUCAAAAAUUACACCACACUCGCAAACACGGCCCAUUUUCUGUAUUCAAGGUCACAUUAUUUAUUUUCUUUUUAACAUUAUUUAUAAUUUAUAAUACUUGAUUAUUAUUUGUAUAUUUAUCAUGACAAAAAAACGGAUUAAAUAUUGUGUAUAAAAUCAUAACUGAAUAAUAUCAAUUGUUUAUAGUGUAAGCGACCGCAAUACUGAAUUUAUUCUCAUUAAAAAUCUUGACAUUCAUUAUGUAAUCCGAUGGACACUAACCGCCGAUAAUAAUCUAUAACAUACAGGGUGUCCCGUAAUUAAUGGAUAAAACGCAAAUGGUAGACACACUGCUAAUUAUCUAAAACUAAUUUUAAUAAUUAAAAAAAAAUUCUACAGUGACCAAGAUUUUUUUUUUUUCGAUUUUUCAAAUUUUUCAAUCAUGAAGCACUACCAUUUACGUUUAAUCAAUUUAUUACGGAUCAUCCUGUAUACAUAGGCAAUUAGACAUUUACAAACACAAAUACAUUUAAAGUUAACAUUUUUCGGCAUGUUUCAACUUUAUAGAACAAAUUUUUGGCUACAAACUCUAAUAGAAAACUGACAUUAGUAACUACCUGAAUAUAAUCUCUUGUAACAUAGCUUGUGUGCACCAAAACGCGAAAAGAUAUAAUGAAUUUUGUAUAGUGUAUUGUAUCCUAUUAAUAAUAAUAAUUAGCACCUAAUACUGAAAUUUUGCAUGUCUAUUCUCUAACUCGGUCGCUAUUAAAAAUGAAAGCCGUCGAGAAUGUUGUUUUGACGAAUAAUCAUCUUGAUAUUAAAGGCCACUGGUUCAGUGUUAGGUGUGAAUAGUUCACUAAAAUUGCACAUUACGAAGAAGAAUUGUUUUUUGUAUAGAAGUUAACCAUGUUAUAGUUAAAUCUAAACUUAAGGGCUUUAUAUUGAAAAUGUAAUAUUGUACAACAAAUUGACUAUGGAAUAUGAUCUCUAAGGCUUCGUUCACAUCGGGCGUUUUUUAACUGUCAAAACCGACUAAAACAAUAUGUGUGAAAACGUUGCUUAAGACGUACUUAUGCAGUAACGUGGCGUGCACUAGGAUUUUGAUUGGGGUAAGGAUUAGAUGUAGAGAUGAGAUAAUACAAACUAACAUUGCCCGAUACUGGUUUGUGUUAUCUUGAGGGUAUAGUGUGCAUUUAUGUCCAUGUGAUGUGCCACAGAAUUUGUGUAAUUGUUUAUUGAAUAAAUCCUAUAAUAUUGAAAAAAAUAUCCUAAAUAGUAUAUUUGAAUAAUCGUUGAUGUGAACGAAGUUAAACGUUCAAGCUUGCUAAGUUUCGCUUGACUUUUUUUUUACAAACGGCACUAGACUCGAGUCCUUUUAAUUAAAAAAAAUAACGUAUUAAUAUUGCUAGUAAUGGGCAGUAUCGAAACAGUACCAUAAUAAAAAAAUUAAGUUGCCAGAUCUAAAAAUCGAAAUUAUUUAAUAUUUAUAUUUACAUGAACAAUAAUAUAGAAUUAUGUAAUUUAUAGGUCUUGUUUUUAUUAUAUUUGAAUCACCUUAAAUUGACAAAAUCAAAGGACUUGGCUGUUAAAUCCAUUUUGGCAGGCCACACACUGUUUGCUCUGGCUGCAAUUUAUUUGUUAUUGUAGCGACUAAAAACCACUUUGUUUUUUAUUUUUACACUAGCUGAUGCCGCGCGGUUUCACCCGCGUGGUUCCCUUUCCCGUGGCAAUACCGGGAUAAUAUAUAGCCUUCCUCGAUAAACGGGCUAUCUAACACUGAAAGAAUUUUUCAAAUCGGACCAGUAGUUCCUGAGAUUAGCGCGUUCAAUCAAACAAACAAACAAACAAACUCUUCACACAACAAGCUUUAUUAUAUUAGUAUAGAUUUCAUUUUUACAAGUCAAAUUAAAGCUAAUAAAACAAUGUCUGUUUAGUUACGCUUAAGCCUGAACUAACCUCGAUUAAACUUGCGUGGCUAGAUACUGAUAAACAAAGUAUGUGGCUUCUGUCAACAAUUAUUGUAUAUUUUGUAUCUAUUAAAGACAGUGAAAGUUAUAUAUAUUUUGCUCAAGAUGUUUGAAAUUUUACAAAAAAAAAAAAAAAAAAACAAUUGUUAAAAUAAAAUCUGUGUUUGUCAGUCGUUACAAAAGUUUCAUUUUGAAAAUAGUUUAUCAUGGAUGAAAAAAUUUUCACUUAAAAAAAAUCUUAAAUGUUAAUCAAGUAAGAAUGUUUGUUCGCGCGAUUAUAAUGACACGUGUGUGGCCAGCCUAUGUGAUAUGAAAUGUUAGUUAUAUGUGUAUGACGGUCUUGUUAUAAAGUUGUACGACUUAAAACUAUACUCAGAGGCACAAUUAUCCGCCGACUUUAAUAUACUCGCGGCAUGUUUAAGAGGGCGGAUAAUUGUGCCUCUGAGUGUAUAUAAGAUCCACCAUCCAUUUCGCAAUGCAGUCACAAUCAAUGCAACCCACGAAUGAGACAAACAGGUGGGUAUCGCAAAAUAGGUGACAACUUUUAUGAUUGAGCCGGUUUCGUUAUGUAUGAGUUUGUAUUACAAAUUUUGUCGAAUGUAAUUAAAACAGCUUUUACUUGAUAAAACAUUAAUUUUUUCCCAUUAAAUGUCUCAUACCAAAUAAUAUUUUUUUUCCAUUAAAUAAUAUUUCAGCCAAAGUAUCUUCAGACUUUAUUAAAAAGUUAACUUUGUUUGUAAUAAUAAAAUGAAAAAAAAAAAACAUACAUACAGCCGAACGUAGAACCUCCUCCUUUUUGGAAGUCGGUUAAAAAUGAACAGUGCUUUAUUUUUUUUUUUUGGGAAAUCAAGUGUGAAAUAUCUAUAAUUUUUACUGAUUGUGGUGUAAAAGAAAUAAAAUACACUUUAUUAUACGCAACAAAGAACGUACAAUACAAUAAAUAUAAAAAAAAAUUACUAAAAAAAUGCACAAUAGGCGACCUUAUAAGCGAUCUCUUCCAGGCAACCUAAUGAAGAAAUUACUAAUAAAAAUGAUUAAGAUAUAUAUGAGACAUAAAUAAAGAGUAGAUCUUCUCCAAAUGAAUAUUACAAUUAUGCUGUGACAAACAAUUGUGACUGCUUUGCGCAAUGGACGCAAAAACGAUCUGCGAAAUGGUUAUAGGAAAUCUGUAGAUAAUAAAUAAUUCGAGAAAGCGUGAUAUUGAUUUGAUUUUUUAAUGAUGACAAUAAUAUGUUUUAAUGUGAAAGGCUGGUCUAUUGCUUCGUGUAUUUAUAUUGACUGAUGUGUUUUUAACGGUAAAUAAUUUUAAUUACUUUAUUUGUUUUAAAAAUACUAUACUGUUUUAUUGUACGAUAAAUAUUGUUAACGAAUUACGAAUUUUGCUCAGCGUUUGUGGUCAUUGAAAAAUCAAAAUUAAAUUAAUGAAAAACGAACUUAUUGAUACAUAAAUAUUAUUAUUAUUGUGUACUACGCUAAAUUUAUGGAAUAUUAAGUAUCUUUUUAUUUUAAACUAAUAAUGAAUAAUUAUCGUUGUUUAAAAAUGACGACGAAUUUGAAUAAAUUAUUGUUUAACUGUA